AUGAAAACAUGGCGAGAGAAGCACCCACUGUGGAACGCCGACCCUGUGGAGUUCGCGAGUUACAGGGAAGAACUGAAUGAACAGAUCCUCGGAUGCGACAAGCACAUAAAAUUGAUCAUCGGAGGUGACUGGAACUCUAGCAUAGGCGACACAAAUAGGAGGACACAGGACAAGGUGGCCGGAGCAUACGGCCUUGGUAACACGAACGCCGCGGGCAACGACUUGAUAAAUUGGUGUCAUGAACACGAACUGGCGUGGACAAACUCUUUCUUCCGGCACAAGAAGAGGGGAACUUGGAAAUGCCCAGCUAGGAAAAGCUGGCACAAGAUAGACGGUUUCAUGACAAGACAAAACCAACGUAGCCGUUUGGUGAAGAACGUGAGAACAGAGACGACGAGCCGGACACUGUCUGACCACAAACCGAAGAUGAUGGAGUGCUGGCUGCAGAAACCGAGGAAGGAGCCCGAGAGGAGACAGCAGAGAAGCACAAACAUCAACUGGGACAAGCUGAGAGACCCAGCCACGAAACAGCAGUUCCGGACAUCGGUUGGCGAGGCAUUGAGUCGUUCGGAGAUGACGUGGAAAGAACUAAUCAAAAAAGUUAGAGAGGCGGGAAAAAACAUUUGCGGUCAUGUGGAAAAGACAAACCUGAACCCGUGGAUGGAUACACACAACGAGGAGAUCAAGUCCUUCCAAAUGAGGAUCAGCCAGGUUACAAGAGCCAUCGAAACUGCCGAAGGACUCGUGGAAAGGACGGAAAAAAUAUUGGCGAGAAAAAACAUACGAAAAGAGUAUAAGAAGGAGAAGAGAAGAUGGGAGCUCGACUGGUGGCUUAACUUCGUAGAAGAAGUCAAAGAAGCCGAACAAAGAGGAGACACAAGACAAAUGUACAAAACCCUGAAGAAAUUGGGAUGCAAGGAUCUGAGGAUCUUUGAAGAAAAACACUUCAGUCCUGACGAAUUCAGGGAACACUUCAUGAAAGUUUCGGAAAACCGCUUCGAGAGAGAAAUAUCCGAGAUCAUGGAAACGGCGGCAAGUACGACAAAGAGGACAGACGAAGAAGCAGCGAACGCGGCAAAACACUUGGAGCGAGAGAUCACAUUUGCCGAGUUCCAAAGGGAGCUCGGAAAGAUAAAGGACGGGGCCCCUGGCUGCGAGAGCGUCAGAGUGAGCGCAAGGAAAAACCUGAACGACGACGCAAAGAGACAGUUGUUCCAGGGAAUGCUUCACCACUUGGACACUCCCAUCGCUCAAUGGCCUGAAGAAACGGCAGAAGGUUGGAUGAUCCCCCUAUACAAGAAAGGCACAAAGAUGGACAUGGGAAACUACAGAGGUGUGUGCUUACUCCCUCUGAUCAGCAGAAUAGUGGCCUGCAUCUUCGCGUCUCGGAUCAGAGAGUGGGCAGAGGAGCUCAAGGUCCUUGGCGAGAACCAGAACGGGUUCCGCACGGGGAGAUCUACUUGUGGCGCUACCCAGAUAAUCUUGCGGAUCGACGAAGAAACCAGACGCGUACUUGGCAACAGCAACGACGAGACGGAGGACAGACCGGGAGCGGUGUUGCUUGACAUCACAAAGGCCUACCCGAGGGUCAAUAGACCGCUGCUAUGGAGCUUAUUAGAGAACUUGGACAUGACAAAGAAAGUCUGA